UAUAUACCAUCUGUCUUUAAAUUUAUAUUUUAAUAAUCACUUUACAUCUCGUCGCGGAUGUUCUAUAUAUACAUAUUGCGUGCGCGACAAGCGUUCGAUCCUCGUACGAUUAGUAAGAUAUUAACGCGUGUGCGCGUUACUUUGAAUGAAAGUGCGACGGGGAAACGACGCGUCGCGCGGAAUGAAAAUCACACGCACGAUUGCGCGUGCGUGCGUUUGCGUGUACGAGCGCGAAAUCGUCGCGAUCUCGGCGCGCUGUGAAGAAAGUUCUUCGCUGAAAGGUAGCGUUCGUACCGUUGAGAGAUUUUUUUUUCUCUUUUUUACUAGAAAUUCUGAUGAAAAGUCUACACGAUGUGAUAAGUCUUGAUCGGUCGCGCGUCUAUCUCUCCAUGUACACAUAUCGUUAUAACAUACAUGUAUGAGUGUGUGAAUGUGUGUGGGGGUGGAUGGGUACAUGGGCGCCUAUGCGUCUCUGCUGUCUGUGUGUGUGUGUGUGUGUGUGUGUGUGUGUGUGUGUGUGUGUGUGUGUGUGUGUGUUUGUAUGUGUGCUUGCGUGCGCGUAUGCACACGCAUUUUUUUACGUAAUUUGUGAUUAUUAUUGCAAUUAAUAAUCUAUCUAAGAGACUGCUGUCGCGGCAUUGUAAAUUUUAGGCAAUUAUAAUAGGCAGUACGCGAACGCACGAAGGUGCCGUCGAUUAUUCUCGGUGCCUCUCGCUCGUUAACGGAAGGCAACGGGUACGUCAAGUGGUGCUGCGACGUGCAGCGUCUGUAUUCCUCGUGUAUAAUCGCUGUGUAAAAAUACUGCUCUUCUCGAAAAUAUCUCAGACGCUUGAGCCUCUUAUUAGGGUUCAUUAGUGCCCACGUUACUACUUGUGCUUUUCUUUUUCGAGACACUUUACACGUUUUUCGCCAAAUUCUCUCUAUCCCCCUGUAACUCUUGUAAUUCGCGCGUGAUCGUUCAGAGCGCGUUGCGUCGCGUCGAGUCGAAACUGACGACGGGCAAGAAACGAUCACGGAUCGCGAGUUGAGUAAUAAACAAAAAAAAACGCCCGACGAUCCGCGGACGUUGCUGCGUGCUUUGGGAAUUGCCCGUCUCAUUCAACCGCGAAAACAUUGUCGGGCGAAAUACCUUCGAACUUGGGGUGACGAGUGAGGAUUUCUUCGCGUGGGAGUAUACCUACAGAUUUGUAAAUGUAUACAGAUACGUUUGCAAACUGCGCACUCGACGGAACACGUCGUCCAUCUUAUUCCCGAAUGCGUUUCGCUCGACACCGCCGACGGAUGCAUGCGUGUACAUCCAUAAAUAAUAUAACGCGAAGAUCAUAGCCCGACGUAUUCAACACUGUGUGCGAUUAAUUUUGACUGUCAGUACCACGUAAUAGGACUUUAUCUUCGGGAUCGACGCCAUCCGUUCCUCGAUGAUACCUUGAGUUCGCGCGUCCGAAGACGAAAAUAUGUGUAAAUAGAUAGCGCGCGCCUCUCAAAAGUCCGCUGGUCUAUCGCGCCUGUCGCGCGCGACGAGCGACACGCGCGAUUGCAUUGUCGCGGCGCGCGUGAUAUCUCGCCGAGUAAUCCGCAGCGCGACGCGCGCGCGCGCACAGUCGUUCGUAGAUAAUUUCACACACGUAGAACGAAGCAAGCAGUUUGGGCCGAGCCGGGCAGAUCGAGAGCGCUCGACAAAGUAGCCGCCGAGAGACAAUCGAUUUUCAACUAUGCUGUUGUAACUGUAAAUAUACAAAUGUAAAUCUGAAUUCUAAGAGACGACGAUAAAGAGCGAUAUUUAUUGCGAGCGGGAUAGUGAUUGUGAUCGUGUUAUUUAUUAUUAAUCGGAACGUACGUUCAUAUCGCGAAAUUGAUAAGAGCGAUAAGGUUGAAUGAGAGAGAGAGAGAGAGAGAGAGAGAGAGAGAGAGAGAGAAAGAGAGAGAUUGUAAAUAAAUAUAUCAUUGAGAAGCCGAGGCGUUUGUAUACUUUCGUCUGCAUGCGUUUUCGUACACGACUUCGAAUCGCACGCGGUCGAGAUCGAGAUCGAGAUCGAUUGUUGCGCGCCAUAUUGGAGCGAUUCGAUCGCAGCACGCGGGCAACUUCGGACGAGACGCCGCGGUAAAGUCGCCGGGGGCAUCGCGACUCGCCGUUUUCCCCUCGCAAAAUGAACGUGAUACAGCCGAUGCCGGCGAGAGGACGACGCGGUUACGCGUCGAGAGGAAGGAUCGCGUUGUCGAACACCCAGCGAGUCACGAAUCUCUUUCCGAAGCAUCAAUUCGCAGAAGCCGACCUCGCGAAACCUUCGACGAGCUCCGGGCCGGCGAGUUCCGCCGCGAACACAAAGACGCCGAGGCGUAAUUGGGGACCUAACAAGGAGAAUUGCGUCUCCACGUCGUCCUACCUGUCGAGCGUUUCUCGUCGCAGCGUACGAUUGGCCAACAAUGCGAGAUCGUCGCUCGGCACGUCCAGCAAUGCGGAUUCCUCAGUGGUGAUCGCAUUAACAGCCGGCCGAGGUGACGCCAAGAACGAAGUCGGCCUGGCGGCGAUAGAUCUUCGGUACCCGUAUUUGAUUCUCUGUCAAAUCAGCGACUGCCAGACAUACGUCAACACUUUGACGAAGAUCCAUGUUUUCGAUCCGAUAGAAAUACUGAUGCCCGAAACGAUGUGCCAACGUCGAGGCUGCUCGAGCAAGCUGUAUCGGCUGAUGAAAGAGAAAUUCAACGCGCUGAAAAUCACGCCGAUCUUACGGAUGCACUUCAGCGAGUCGGCCGGCAUGGAACGCGUGCGGACUCUGUGCGCGAGGGAGUACUCAACCGUGGAAUUGAUAGUGAAACAAAAAUAUUACGCCUUAGCGGCCGCCGCGGCGUUGCUCAAGUACGUGGAAUACGCGCAGCAUAUGGUUUACGCGCCGAAAUCGGUGCGGAUCGAGUUUCAAGGAUCACCGAACACCACGAUGAUCGAUAUAGAGAGCGCACGGAGUCUGGAACUGGUUGUGUCGCAGUCCAAGCAUUCCGCCGUCAGUUUGCUGGGCACUAUGGACCGCUGCUUGACCUCUAUGGGUAGAAGGCUACUGCGCGUUUCCAUUCUCCAACCCCCUUGCGACGAGCGCUCGAUCGUGGACCGGCAGUCCUGCGUGGCGGAAUUGGUCGACAAUCGUUCUUUAUGCGCCAGUCUCCAGCCGGUGGUGCAACGUCUCUUCGGCACGGAUCGUUUGCUGACAUUAGCGAGCACGCCCUUAAACACGAACGACAUGCAAAACGCGGAGCGAAAUCUCAACUACGCGCUGCUCCUCAAGAGUUCCCUCGACAUCGUCCCGGAACUGGAAGCCGUUCUCGCGACCGGCACUCACGCCUUCUUCGUGAAGAUGCGAAAGAAUUUGGAAAAUUCCGAGUUCAAAGUUAUGAAGGACAAGAUCAUGACGCUAAUACACGCGGACGCGAGAUUCGUCAAGGGAUCCACCUCGUCGAGUAUGCAACGGUGCUUCGCUAUAAAAGCCGGCAUCAACGAGUUGCUGGACAUCGCGCGGCAAGUCUAUUGCGAGCUAAUCAACGAUAUGAAAAGCUUAGUGGAGGUGUCAGCCGUGAAGCACAAGCUGCCGUUAUCUUUAGAAUACAACGUAAACCUGGGCUACCAUAUGCACGUAGUUGUGCCACGUGGCUUAGACAUCGCGAUCUCCGACUUGUCGGCGGAAUUUAUUCAGGUACGAAAAAACAGGAGAUCCUUUACGAUGACCACGACGGCGUUGUUGACUUUGAAUAAGCAAUGCAGAAAAGCCUGCGAAGAGAUUUAUGUGAUGAGUAAUACUCUGCUGACUCACUUGCUGGAGGACAUCAGGCAGCACAUCGGUUGCCUGUUUCAGCUGAGCGCCGACGUGGCGGAAUUGGAUUUGGUAUUGUCGCUGGCGCAAAUCAGUUGCAAUCCGGAAUACGUGCGGCCGUCGUUCGGGAUGAAAUUAGAACUGAGAGACUCGUUGCACCCCAUUAUGGAGUUAUUCAACACUGACCUCCCCGUACCUAACGACGUAGAUGCAACGAGCGCGUAUAAUUUCCACCUCGUAACCGGACCGAACAUGAGCGGCAAAUCUACAUACCUGAAGCAGAUCGUUCUACUUCAAAUUAUGGCGCAGAUCGGCUCCUACGUGCCAGCGUCGAAGGCGACGUUUCGCGUCGCGGAUCGCAUACUUUGUAGGAUAUGCUCCCGCGACGACGCCGAACUCAACGCGUCCGCCUACGUUCUCGAGAUGAAAGAGGCGCAAUACAUUUUGCAUUCCGUCACGCCGCGGUCUCUCGUUGUCCUGGACGAGCUCUGCCGGCACACCACGGUCGAAGAGGGCUCGGCCAUCGCUUGGUCGAUAUGCGAGAAAUUAUUGCUGACGAGCGCAUUCACGUUCGCGGCGACGCACUUUCUGCACCUCACCGAGCUCAGCAAUAAGUAUCACAAUGUGACAAUCCACUGUUUCGAGACGAAAAUGGCAGAGUCGAACGGCUCGGACCAGUUGCACCUGAUAUACACUCACAAAUUAAACAACGGAACGGCACCCACCGAUCACUACGGUAUCGCUUUGGCGGAGGUGUCCUCCCUGCCGAAAUGCGUCACGUCUAAAGCGCGAGAAUACGCGUCCCGACGGUCGGCGGAUGUGCAGCAGGGCAACCUUGGCUCGAGCACGGAUUGCGUAUCGUGGGAGAAAUCAUGCUACGACGCGGUCGUCCAGCUGCGCGUGCUGCAGGAGAGCAAUCGAUUCGUCUUCGCGAACAUAAUAAGCAUCAUGAAGCAGCUAGACCUGAGCAAGCAACGUAGAACUUUGGCAUCGGCGACGCGGCCGACAGAGAGCACGCGAGUUCCCGCACAAGCGGCGGCGAACUCGCUCGCAACUACUCGGCAGACGAUACAGCAGGAGGCCGAAAACCGUCCGGUCCAGCACUCCUUCGCGCCGGGGGGGAAGGACGAUUCAAUGAUCGCGAACCCGAACGCGACUCAACGAGAAGAGCGGCGAGCAGCGGAGAAGGAGUUAACGAGGGUCGUCGGCGAGCCUGCGUCGAUCGAUGGCAAGGAUUCAGCCGAGCAAGCAGCAGGUGCUGUAGAUCGUGCGGCACUUUCAUUUCCGGGCGCCACGGCGAAGUCCGACGGAAGUCCGUCGAUUAGUUCACACGAUAUCGCGAGCGAAUCUACGUCGAACUCGAUGAAUCUCCAGAGCAUAUCGCAAUUGUGCAAUUUCAACAACGCACCGGAGACGAGUUCGUCCGAACAAUCAAUCAGCCGCAGUAGCAUCACGGACGACCCUCUGUUUUACGUGUGCACGUCCUUCGCGAAGACGAGCAGUCAGAAAACGAUAGUGCUGUCCCGCCAUGAAGCGAACUCGGACGUGAAUCUCGACGUAAGCUCGACGCCCCGAUCGUCCCAGUCGUUCCCGUAUCACGAUUAUUGCUUAUCCGAGAGAGAAUUCGACAUCACUCCGCCGUCGUAUCUUCACUCGACUCCGAGUGAAGUGGCGAAGAUAAGCGCGCGCGUUAAAGAAGCGGAGAUCUUCCGGCAAAUCGAGGGCAACGCCUUUGAUGAAAAGGCCUUUUUCGGCAGCAUACUGGUACCUAUACGCGCAAAUCUCGCCAACGACGACGACGACGACGUAGUGAUGUUACCCGUAUAACUUGUUUUAAUUGUUUUAAUCUUACCUUUAAUCUUACCUUUUAAUCUUACCUUUAAUAAUUACCGUCCAAUAGUUUCGACACAUUCCACAAGCAUUUUUAUCAUCGCGCGCUUUCCGAAAACUCUCCUCCCCCCCCCAGUGACUUUUCACCGCUUACUCCUCUAAGUUUUUUUAAUAAGCGCUCUUUGUGUAAGUUGUCGACAAAGCAAAGCGCCAAACGGGCCAAAUAUGGCAGUUUUGUUUCUGUAUUAAUCAAAGUUUCCGUCCUUACGGCUGUUUCAUUUUUACGCGACUCCACCGACUGAACGCGAGAACUUCCUUGGGAAGUGUACCGGUAGGAAAUAACGGAUCGAUUGGGGAGAUUGAUGGACGUAAAUGUAAAAUGUAAAAUGUUUUAUCG